AUGGUGAAAUAUAUAUUGUUCAUGGAUUAUAUACGACAACAGGAGAUUGAUACAUUUUUUCAGGCUUGCCAAAAACAUCGAAAUUAUUAUAAAGGCAAUCCUCAAAACUAUCACCCAUUAACAUACUUCGAAGAACGAGAGUACAGAUGGCAAUGUCCUUCUGAAAUGACAACAUCGUACUUAACAUAUCCGUAUUAUCAUGUAAGAUACAAACAGCCCACUGUUUUACCCCAUUCAACUGGACGGACUUCUGGUAUACCAGCUCUUCCUGAACGUUCUCUCGCUGCACGGUAUAAUAAACCGUCAUGCAAGGCAUAUAUAAGAUAAAUGUUCUGCUCAUUGCUUAUUUUAUCAGAAGUCAUUAUUCAUCGGUGCUCAUGACAUGUCUUCAUAAGUAGUCAAAAUUCGCUUGUACUCACUAUUUGAAUAAACUUUUAUGGAUUAUUUAUUCGUUUUAUUACGAAAGGAAUUAAACAAAACUAAAAAUCUACUAUACCACCUCUCGGUUACGGGCCUAUGUUUUAUGUAAGAUUUAAGUUUAUUAUAUGUUACAUUAUGUCGAUUUUAGUAC